AUGCAACGACAAGCUGAUGAUGAACACGUUUUCCAAUUCCUCCUUGGGCUCAACGAUUCCUUUGCUCCUGUUUGUAAUCAAAUUCUGGCCACGGACCCACUUCCCUCUAUCGGCAAAGUCUUCUCCAUCCUGUUUCAAGAAGAGCAACAGAGGCUUCUCAACCUCCAACCACCGUCAUCCGAGACCAUGGUCAUGGCCACCCGCACCACAAGUCACCCAUGUCCUCCUCUGAAGUGCACCGCAUGCGGCAAAGAUGACCACACCCGUGACCGUUGCUGGACCCUCAUCGGGUACCCUCCAGGCCGAGAACCUCGCACCAACAAAUUAAGGCCGUCCCUUUUAGGGCCACCUCCGUCGGCUGCAAAUUCAGUAUCUCUUCCUCCUUCGUUGUCGGCCAACCUUGUUUCCCUUCCUUCGGAGCUAUAUCAGAAGCUACUCAAUCUCCUAGCACCAUCGCCUGCCAUGAUCGACCCAUCCCCUGCACCUUUUGCUGGUAACAUUUUCACCCCAUCUAAUUUUACCUUCAAUCGGCAUCUUCAUUGGAUCAUAGACAGUGGUGCGAGCCACCACAUCUGUCACCAUUGUAAUGCCCUUGCCGAUUUGCAGCCCUUUCUCACUCCUCACCAUAUUUGGCUUCUAUCAAGGCAAGAUAUCCCAGCUGAAGGCUUGGGUUCUUACCGUCUCUCUCCCUCUCUCACCUUACAUAAUGUCUCUCAAUCGAUGAAGCCGAUUGGAGUAGGUGAUCUAUGCAAUGGGCUUUACGUGUAUCGCCCCGAAACUCCCAUCAUUUUUGCUGCUCAAACCACUGCUAAUAAGACCUUAUGGCAUCAACGUCUAGGUCAUCCCUCCAGUUUUACCAUUCCUAGUAUUUUUAAUUCUCAAUGUGAUGUUUCUGAAUGUGAUGUUUGUGCCUCGUUCUAA